AUGUUGGGUGCGUUCAAGAGCUCGAUGAGCCUUCUGGGGGGUUACCUUUGGAAGAAGGCGCCGCGGUUGUCGCUGCCGCAAAAGUACCGGUUGAGACAGCGAAUGAAGACCGUCGACUCCAACAUCGAGGCGAUCUAUCAGGGGAUGAUCGCCCUCCAAGGCAAGCAGGCCGGCGAGCCCACGGGGUUGUCUAAAGUCGAUUUCCUCAAGUUUGACUUGCCCAAGGAGCACGAGUUGGCCCCCAGAGACAAAUACACUACUUUUGACAAGAAGGUGAAAAACUACCGCAAAGACCUUCACUUGGUGCCCAAGUGGACCAAGAAGACGUUCCGGGUGUUCCCCAAGUACUUCUGA